AGUGUGUGAGUCAAAAACAUUGCUCAAAAAACAUCCUACGCUGAGGUGAAUCAUCAGUGUUUUGGUCAGAGAAUGAUACAGCGAUUUUCUUCAACUAGUCAGACACUGCUGGAACUCUUCUGAAACCACCAAACUUAUAAAACGUGUUUCCUCCAUUCACGUCCUCAGCUCGGGGUCAUGUGACCGAGGUCCCUCCUCACCAGAAGCCACUUGAAGUUGUUGUAUUUGUGAAGCAGCUGCUCGGUGCUGCAGCUCUGAUGGCGAUGGAGAACUUCAAACAUUUCCUGGUGGUUCUGUCUGUCGCCGCGGCCGCUGGGUUGGUCUCCAUAAUAUUCGUGCUAAGAUGGGUUCUUCACUUUAGAGAGGGUCUAGCCUGGGAUGGAGGUCCGGCCGAAUUCAACUGGCAUCCGGUCCUAAUGGUGAUCGGGUUUAUUUUCUUGCAAGGAACAGCCAUCAUAGUCUACAGAAUCCCCUGGACCUGGCAUCGCAGUAAACUGAUGAUGAAGUUUAUCCAUGCUGGCUUGAAUUUACUAGCCUUCACCCUAGCUGUCGUAUCAAUGGUGGCAGUUUUUGACUUCCACAAUGCUGCCAAAAUCCCCAACAUGUACAGCCUGCACAGCUGGGUGGGCCUCGCAGCUGUGAUACUGUACGGUCUGCAGCUUGUUCUUGGAGUUGGCAUGUACUUGAUGCCAUUUACACCUGCAUCCUGGAGAGCAGCGUUUAUGCCCCUGCAUGUCUACGGAGGUCUUUUCCUUUUCACCAGCAUAAUAGCUGUGGCACUCAUGGGCAUCACAGAGAAACUCAUUUUUAGUCUGAGCGACCCAAAGUACAAGGACUCUCCCCCAGAGGCAAUCUUUGUGAACGUCCUGGGACUCCUCCUCGUGGUUUUUGGAGCACUAAUCCUCUGGAUUGCCACUCGAAAGUCUUGGAAACGCCCCAGUGAACAGAUCUUGCAUACUCUGCAUACUGACGGGGGAGUUGAGGACAGCAGCAAAGUUGGUCCAGCCUUGUCUCAGCUAUCUGAUGUACCUAAUGAGGAGACCUGUGGGGAUGUCAGGAAGAGGAGUUGCAAAUUAGAUGAUCAGCCUAACUGAUUAGUAAAUAACUGACUCAAGACUGGGUACUUUAUCCAGUGUUGAAUGUAGCCUAUGUGUUCACACUUAAGCAAAAAUUAAGAUAUCAUAUUUUCUAUUUUACAGAUUUCAUUUUUUUGGUAUUUGUUGUUUAAUUACAUUUGUUAUAAGCAUAUGUAAAUAAUGGUGAGCUUUUUACGAUUGAGAUAAUCUGGGAAUACACUGUACAACAACGCAUAAUGUUCCUAAUUCUGUUGUAUUAUGAUAUUUAGAUUUUUUAAAAUAUGUUCAAAAACUUUCUACAUUUUUUUAUAAUAAAUAUGUAUAUGUUACAACACUGUCCAUUAC